CUCGAGGUAAUCUAGGGUAAUUCAGUGUCCUAGUUGAACAACUUUACGGUUAUCUUUUUUCCUGCCCCGGGGACUGUGGGGUUAGUGUUAGACUGUGGGGUUAGUGUUAGACUGUGUGCUGCUAUUUCGGAUUGAUUGACAUCUCUCUUCCCUUUGAGUAGCCAACGUGUAUAUGUCUUUCUUUUUACUUUGUGGUUUGGAUACUUUUGUCUGUGUUCAGCACAGUCACACCAAUGCGCAUCAUCAUGGCGAAAGGGGAGUUUUGGGCCGCGGAUGUCUGUGAUCGUUCCUUCAGACUGAAACUCCUGUCCUACCUGGGAUAGGUAGCCUAACGUAACCUGGUUCCCGGUUUGAGGAACUUCAGACUUUCAUCGGACUCUAGAUUUUUCACACGGACAUUCUAUAGAAUGGAGUGCGAGCUGAGACCGCGGCUUUGUUUCCUAACGAAAGGGCCGCGCGGGUACGGCUUUCACCUUCACGGCGAGCGGAAUAAAGGCGGACAGUUCAUACGGAAAGUGGAACCCGGUUCGUCCGCGGAGCUUUCGGGGCUGCGCGCGGGGGACCGGGUCGUGGAAGUGAACGGGGAAAACGUGGAAGACGAGACGCACUAUCAAGUAGUGUAUCGUAUCAGAGCAGUGGAGCAUCGCACCAGGUUGCUGGUCAUCGACAAAGAGACAGAUGAUUACCUGCGUAGUCACGGGCUGGCCUGCACAGAGGACCUCGCCGUUGAGAUGGGCAAUCUCUCUCCCCGGCCCUCCCACUUCACCUCCCCCUCAGCCUCCCCUGUAGCCCAGGGGGAAGUCCUCUCACCCUCACCCAUACACAUCCUCACUAAAGCACUCAAACACACCUCCGCCUCACCCAGAAGAACGGAUACACGAUCGCCGACGUCAAGUCUGAUGAUUGGCACCAAGAAAAGGUUGCCAUCGGAGACAGCGUCGUUAGAUACAGAGUUUCCCAUGGCGACGGUGGAGCUCCUCCCCCGGCUGUGUCACAUGGUGAAGGGGGAGCUGGGAUACGGGUUCAACCUGCACAGUGACAGAACACGGCGAGGACAGUUCAUACGCAGCGUGGAUCCCGGGUCCCCCGCCCAACACGCAGACCUCAGAGCCCGGGACAGGCUGGUGGAGGUAAAUGGAGUGAACAUCGAGGCGUUGAGACACUCAGAGGUGGUGGCGUUUAUACGUGGCGGGGGGGACGAGACACGCCUCCUUGUGGUCGACGCGGAAACAGACGAGCUGUUCAAGAGGCUCGGGGUCACGCCCACCAGCACACAUGUCAGAGAGGUCUAUGUGGACGAGCCAAUGACAGACAGCGCCCCACCCACCCCCUCUUCAACCACUGACCUCCCUCCAAUGGAUCCACCAAUCAUCAACGUCACCCUGACGGGCUCACCAAUCACAAACGGCUCGCCCAAUUCACAGACCAAUUCCCAGUACUCACGUGGCUCGACUACCCAAUCAGAAUUCAGCAGCUCAGAUAUGAGCAUUCAGGUCCCUGAGGAUUAUGAGCGCCGUGUUUCAGACCCGUUCCUGGACAGCGGACUGCAUCUGAGCCCCACGGCAGCCGAGGCCAAAGAGAGGGCCCAACACGGCAAGAAGAGAGCGCCCCCUAUGGACUGGAGCAAGAAACAGGAGAUCUUCAGCAACUUCUGAGAACCACACAGAACCACACAGAACCUUCACAACCAUGUUCUUAAGUCUGUCAAGGUUGGUAAAGGUCUGGCACAGGGACACACCAUAACCAAUGUUGGCCGUGCGCAGUAGAUCAUCAGCCCGGAGACAAUGUCAUCGUGGGAAAUUAAUAGCAAAUGGCAGCCAAUGAUCUGUGGUGAGAGGCGAUAGGAGGACCUCCCGCUGCUGCACGGCUGACGUUCGUUAUGGUGUGUCAUGUGACAGAGCGUCACCAGCCAAUCAAGAUAAAAGGCUGCAGUGGCUCUGAAACAAUUCUGAGAAAAACACAGAAAGCCUCUGUCCCCGGCAGGAUCUGAACCCUGGUCUCCCACGGGACAAACCAACAUCUUAACCAUUAGACAAAGAGGAAAUUCCCUACGGUCUGAGGGCCAACACUUAUUGUGAAGUCACAAGCGGGGCUCCCUCAUCACGUGACCAUGAGCAGCCAUGACCGUCCCAUGAACGUCCCAUGCUACACCUCUAUAUACCACUACUAUGGAUUAUUACAGUACCUUAGGAUGAGGAUAAAUCAUGUUGAUGUAUUUAGCCAGGAUAAUUGACUCAGUUCCACUUGUUUCCAUGGCUCUUGUUUCCAUGGCUCUUGUUUCCAUGGCUCCUAAACGUUUCUCAGAGCUGUGACUUUACUGAAAGUAUUUUUUUCCUUCUACAGCAACUAGUAAGAAACAUUCACUGGCCCAACCGCCACACACCGAACCCCACCUCUUCACCCUCCACAGAAAAACAGGGUGGAUUGCUUCCCAAAAGACUGAGAUGUGGGCCUGUAUCCACAAAGUGUCUCAAAGUAGGAGUACUGAUCUAGGAUCAGUUUAGAGUUUUUUUAAUGUCAUAAUGAAUACAAUAAAUCGUAUAGGGAAGGAUCUGAUCCUAGUUUUAUUAGAUCUCACGGACUGAGAUCUAACUCCAAGGCACAAUAAAUCUACGGUUUCACGAGACUGCGAUGCCGACCACUAUUGUCCAGAGUUCCAGACGGAACUCUUUUCAGGUCAUAUUGAACCCUUUUUGGUUCCACAUAGAACCUCUUGAUUCAAAUAGAACUCUUGAAAGGCUGCUGUUUGGAACCUAAAGGGGUUAUCAUCUGACCUGGUUCUACCUGGAACCUUUUCCAGAGUUGGUUCAACAGGGACAAAUGGUUCUACAUAGCCCUUUUGAGAGUAUAGAAGCGAGCUUCUCAGAUGUAUAAAUGAGGUACGUAGGAACCACAUCACGUCAUAGACACGGACGUCUGAAUGAUGGACAGACUGAUGGGAUGAAUCAAAGUCAUCUGACUGUGAGAUGAAGAGAGUCUGACUCUGAGAAACAGAGACAAACGCUCAAAUGAGUGUGAUGGGCGUCACAGAGGUAGAGAAAGAAAGUCCAGGAUCUCAAUGGAUUUUCAGGUGAAGAGAUACGAGUUACUAAAGUCCUUUGUAAUGAGUGAAGAGGAGACACAUUGGGAAUUGGGUGCAUUGCAUUGGGUUGAUUGAACUCUACUGCAUAAAUGUUGCCUAAACUGCAGAGAGAGACUUGUGUCGAUGUGUAGGCCAACAAAUGCCUGAACGGUUAGCCAUUAAGAUAAAAACACUAUUUAUGUGAUUAUGACUGAGUUAUAUUAUUCUAUGAUAUUAUUAGCAAUUUGUUUACAAACUGUGUUCUUCUAGAAUUGAAAUAUUUGGUUUUUAUUCUGUUACAAUUUUUGGUUCGAAAGUAAGACAUACCCAGCUAGCUUUGUCUGCUGUCCAGAACAGAACUCUGAGUUGAAGGAAGAAAUGUGAGGAGCCAGGUUCAGCUCUAGAUUUGAAAUGUGAGGAGCCAGGUUAAGCUCUAGAUUUGAAAUGUGAGGAGCCAGGUUCAGCUCUAGAUUU